AUGUCCUCCCGCUGCCUCCGAAGCUCCCUCCAUAUCUCCACUCGUAUCGUGCUUAACUCCCUGCUGGCCACGGUAUUAUACGCUCCCUGCGGACUGCUCUCUCCUUCCCUGGGUGCCCCUGGGUCUGAAGUGGUGAGGAGCUGGGCCAGCGGUGGUUCUUCCCUCCCUGAGAACCUGCUCUGCCUGCGGCUGCACGCUUCUCUCACUGCCCUGCUCCGCUACUCCCCUCUCCCUCUUCCCAGCCGCUGGAGCGCAGGGCGGCCGGGCGGCGGAGCUCCCGCUCGGCCGGCGGGCCGGGCACGGGAUGAGCGGGAAAAGCGGCCCAACACCCCCCUCUGCUGUCGGCACACAGCGGCACGGGCUCCCGCACCGCCGCUGCCGCCCCGCAAAAACCCCCGGCCGGGCUCAUUUGUCCCGCUAAAGCAUGAAACAAGUGUGUGUCAGAGGAGAGCAACAACCAUCGGCAGCGUCUGCUCGUGUCAUAAACACCCCGACUGCAAGACUGAGCUGGUGGAGGCUGAGGCUGUGUUUGGAGACACCUUCCCACCCACAAACCCUCUGCUGCCGUCUGCCUACCGAACGGGAGUCCCCACCCGCAAACCCGGCACGCAGCCUUGCUCCGCAGCUGCGAAACGCCGAGCAGCCCCGCUGGGCGCACGGCGUGGCCCGUCCGUCUGUCCCGUACCGAGGACAGAUGGAUGCGCGGCGCCCGGGGCCGCUCCCCGCAGAGGAUGCUGCAGGGCCGGGCGCUCCCGGCAGGGAGCGUGUCCCGCACGCCGCGGGAGCAAGAGGAGGCGCGGGGGGAUGAAGAGCGGCUGGAGAGACGUGGAUCGAGCCUCGGCAGCCGGCCGCUUUCCCUGCUCCCCCAUCCUGGACACCGGUCCUGAACGACUCGGAGACCUGGACGAGCAUCAGCUCGUGCCGCCGGUGCACGCUCUGGACGCAAUUUCCCCCUAAGAUGCUUUGUGCAGGAAUUUCAGUGCCCAGGUUGCAUGGCAGGACGGGGACGCUCCCACCUGUGGGCACAGGGUGGCAUGGGGACACGGCGUGUCCUGGGUGCCCUCAGCAGCUGGGAGCGGUCACCGCAGCGGGGCAAAGGGGGUUUUCUCCUGGUGCA